CCUGUCAGAGAAUCCCCUGGAAAACAAAGGUGACCAAUCAUAUAAGCUAAGAGCCGCUGAGCUUUGGAGCUCCCCUCCAUCAAAUUGAGCUUGGAGUUGGAGUGGAGAAGUCAAUUGUCCAUGAUACAAAACUUUCCCAUUAUAAUUGUGGCUGUUUCGAGGCAUCUACUUAGUAGCUACUCCAAGACAAGACAUAACGCAGGCCGAGACAUUGAAACACAAAAUCAACCUCCUUCUUGUCUGAGUUAACUCUAUUCUGAUCCAUUGCCAUUACAGUGCAUAAUGGCUGCGAAGAGAGCAGUCCAAUCCAUUCUGCCUAAAUCACAACCCCCAGCUUGGACAGCCUCAAAGCGCAUCACAGAGUUCAUAGCACACGUUACCCCUGUAACAUCUCCAUCACAGGCCAAUUUCUACGUUGAGUCUCUCCUGGAGUCAGACAAACGUAUGCGCAACGCAACGCACAAUAUCACGGCGUGGCGUAUUAGAGGUGACGGUACUGGCCAUCAACAAUUCAAUGACGAUGGUGAGACGGGAGCCGGAUCCCGACUCCUGCAGCUGAUGCAGUCCAUGGAUCUUUGGGAUUCUAUGGUUGUGGUUACACGCUGGUAUGGGGGUGCCCAUUUAGGAUCUAAAAGAUUCAGAUUGAUCACUUCUGUGGCCAGUGACGCCUUUGCGAGAGCUGGCAUGGUUGGGGACAAGAAGGAUGAUUCACCUAAAGGGCAAGGUCUAUAUUACCUGUUUGUCAAGACCAAACCUCAGUCUCUAUAGGACAUUCUGUUUCCCCCCCAUUCAUUGUCUCAAUCUUGUCAAAUGCCGCCGUCACUCCAGUCUAAUUCCAAUCGGUAUUCUGGCGGUGACGUUCA